CCGGACCGGAUAGUGUAAAAGGUCACGGAAAUACCGGUCCAAUCGGUGGUCAGUCCGUUUCAGUAGAUUAGACUUCACCAUGAAGUUCUGCUUUGUGAUUCUGUACUAAGAUCUCGUCUUUACUUUUGAUGUGUGAUCUGAAAGUUAGAUUCUUUUUUGUGCGUAUAAAAAAGAGAAGAAGCUAAUCUGAUCAGACCCAUACUGUGUUUCGAUCUUAAAACUCCGGCAAGCCCAUUUAGAGUUUACGAACCAGAGUGUGAUAAUAUCAUGACGAUCAGAGAGUUGCGGUCGGAAUCAUUUGGUGGUACUUGUCUGCUUCUGUCGCUGCCAGAAGAUGUGUUCGCUGCUACCUCUCGUUUUCUAUCUCCAAGCGACAUUUGCAACCUAAGCUUAUGCUGCAAAAGCCUCUGCGACCUUGUGGAUACAGAGAAGAUAUGGUUCGUGCAAUGCGAGCUCGUAAAGGCUCUUCCUUUAUCCGACAUAGUCCGAUGGAGGGUCGGGAUCGCUUCUUACAAGGCUCUCUGCCGGUUUCUCUUAAAGGUGACGAAGCCUCUGGUCGGGGUUUGGGUUCACCAAGAACCUGAGCUUGGGAAUGUUGUUCACGUGAUGCCUGGCUUCUUGUCUGUUGUUGGUUGCCGGAUCAUCCCACAAAAGGUUGGUCCUUUGGGGAUUCAAGAAGGGAGGGUUAUGUGGUCACCGGUGUUUGAGAUCAUCUGUGAUCACGAUGGCUCUGCCAAGUUUUUCCUCCAUGGAAGAGGCAGAGAAGGAAGUUGCGUGUACCCUGGUCUUGUUUCAGGCAUUGACAAGACUUGCAAUGUGCUCUCACUCGAGGUUGAGCCGAGGCAAGAGAAGAGGUUGUGCAGUGGGGAUCCAUUUCAGAAGCUCAAUGAUAGCUAUAGAAGAUACUUCGUCCAACUAGUGACUAACCAUGUAGGUCUACAUGUAUCUGAACCAUUAAGUGUAAAGUUAUUUCCCACAAGGAGAGAAGAUGAAGAGACGCUGUUGGAGCGUAGAACCAUGCUCCUUAAAAUGCACAAGUUUGGUAAGAACUGGAAGCACAUGAACCUGGAGGAGGAUGGGUUGUGUUACAAUCCUACGCGGGUAGACAUUGGUGGUCACUGUGAUUCCCCAUAUGUGGAUCUCCGGAGCUUUCUUAGCGCUGGUGACAGAUUUGGUCUUAGUCUCAAAGCUUCCUACACUGACAUGUCUUCUUACAGAGGGUGGCCACGGAUGGAUCUAUACCGCUUUUGCCUGCAUAAGCUACCGAUCAAGACUCCUGUAUAUGACGAAGAGCAUGCUGGUUUGUGGGGAGGAACGUUUGGGUGGCCGCCUGGGAUAUGUAAUGAAGAUGAAACCGGAAAUGCUUUUUACUUACUGAUGCUCUCUUACGAAGAGUCCAAAAAGAACAAUGGGAAACGUCUUGUUGGGACGAAAAUACUCGAAGGCACUGACUUUGUGCAGCAUCCCAAUGGAACGGCAACUUUUGUUGUGGAUAUAGACACACCUUCCCUUGAGCCCUUUCCGUUUGAUGCAGAUGGAAGACAUUUUGAGCAUUCUUACAAAGGAAAGGGUAUCUCAUAUGGCUAUGAUUUCCGUUAUCCCGGUUCAGCACCUGGUUCACUUUACUUGAUCUCUGGUGAUCAUCUUGCGUUCGUUUGGCAUGAAACUAAACAUGUGUUUACUUUGAAAAGACUAGACCUUGACCAGAUCAUGAAGAAAGGUUUAGGUACGUGCGUGCCUCCUCUGCCUCCAGUUAAGAACUUUACUUAUUUGGAGACAUCUUACACAAACGUGUUUACCAAGUCAUGAUGAAUCUGUUCGUCUUCCCAUACCUUGUCUUGUUUCUGAGAUAUAAACUCAUUGUUUGGAGAUAUAAACUCAUUGUUGAAUGUCUUGUUUCUGAUAGUCCACUUACUUUUUAUUUAUUUUAAACUAAACCUUUUUUCG